AGGGCUCUGUUAGACUCAUCAAAGGAAAACGAGUCCAAAAUUUCCCAACUAAAUCUACGACGCUUCUUCACACGCCCUCCUCCUUUCCCCAAAUUGAGGAACAAAUUCGAUUGACUCAAUACUCGCAUUCCUUCCAAUUCAAACCUUAAAUCUCUAAUUCUCUUCAUCAGUUCGACUUCACCACAAUCCAAUCAACAAAAUCCACGCCAUAAGCUGUUCUACUUUUAUCGAUUUGAUUCAAUUCCGAACUAUAACAAAACAAUAUAGUAGAGAAAUUAAAAAAAAAAAAAGAAUCAAGAUUCUUUUUUAGGGUUUGAUCUUUGAAGUAGUUUGAGAAGAAUGGGGAAGAGGAAGAAAGCAGUUGUUAAAGUUUUUUGCUAUUACUGUGAUAGAACAUUUGAUGAUGAGAAAAUAUUGGUACAACAUCAAAAAGCAAAACACUUUAAAUGCCAUGCUUGUAACAAGAAGCUUUCUACUGCUAGUGGAAUGGUUAUCCAUGUUCUUCAAGUUCAUAAAGAGAAUGUUACCAAGGUGCCUAAUGCUAAGCCUGAAAGAGAAUCCCCAGAUAUUGAAAUAUAUGGAAUGCAGGGGGUUCCAGCUGAUGUAUUGGCUGCUCAUUAUGGGGAACAAGAGGAGGAACCAUCUUCAAAAUCCGUGAAAGUUGUUCCAACAAUGAAUAUUGGUGGCGUGAUGCCAAGGCCGCUUGGUUUUGUACCACCAACUUAUGGAGUGAUGCAGCCACGCAUGUAUAAUCCAGCUGUUCCAACACCUCUUGGUUGGCAAGUCCCUCGUCCACCUGUAUGGUAUCCUCCGCCUCCAGCUGUGUCGAUGCCUGCAACAGUUUCAGCAACCCCCGCAGCUUCAGCUCCUUCACAGCAGCCUCUAUUUCCUGUUCAAACCAUUGCCCAACCAUUGUCUAAUGUAGCUCCUGUGGCACAUCCUCCUUAUCCUCCUGGUGUCCAUUCCUCUCCAGUGCCUAUCCCUGUUUCACAGCCUUUGUUUCCGGUUGGAGCCGCUGCUAGUUUGCCUAAUCAAACUUCAGCACUUUCUACACCUGGACUUCAGUCAUCCAUGUCUACAAGCAUCUCAACAGACAUCAGAGCUUCUGCAGCUGGAUAUCCUGGUGCCCCCCUUCAUGUGGCAAAUAAUUACCACAUACCAAAUGGUCCAGUGGCAGUUGGCAAUUCACAUUCAUAUGCAUCCGGCCCGAACACUGGUGGUCCAUCAAUUGGGCCUCCUCCUGUGAUUGCUAAUAAAGCUCCAGCAAACCAGCCGGCUGUUAAUGAGGUUUACUUGGUGUGGGAUGACGAGGCCAUGUCAAUGGAGGAGAGAAGAGCAUCGUUGCCAAAUUAUCAGGUUCACGACGAAACCAGCCAGAUGAACUCAAUCGAUGCCGCUAUCGAUAGAAGAAUAUCUGAGAGCAGACUUGCUGGUAGAAUGGCUUUCUAGUCUUGCACGAAAGGAGCACGGUGAAUUUGCAUUUCAUACACUUUGCACUGAACCUUAUUCUUUGAGUGGGAUCGAGUUAGUGAGUUCAUUGUCUCGUUUUAAUGCAUUGAGAAGACGGUUUUCGCAUCAAACAGACUAUAUCCUCUGGAUUCGAUUUUGAAUGCUUUUUUCUUUUGGUAUUGUGUGCUAGACGGACGACAUCUACAGAAUGCUAGUCUUUAGGUUGAGGAUUCAUUUAGUGUAAUGUUUAGACAACAAUGAUUCUUAAUAACUGGUCAUAUUUACAGAUUUUUAUCCGUCUGCAGUGCAGCUUGGUUGAAUUAGAGUUUGAACUGUUGUCAAAGAGCUUCAGUCUUGAGGAAAUUCUCUUCAAAUGUAACUUUUGCGUUUUACUGAUUAUGGAAAUUUGUUUUUUUAAAAGGCUUUCUUUUACUGAUGAAGUAUAACGUACGUUGAAUUGUUAUUGACAUUUUCUCCUUAGAAAAUCAUGUACUCAUGUCAUUUUUGUCGUGUUCGACAUGACUGUAUUAAGGUCUGUUCGGUGAAAAGUAGAUGUGAGGUAGCAGUUUACGGUCUGGAUAGCUGUGUGUAUUACUAGUCGUAUAGAUAGUUGUGUGUAGUAGUAUUUGUCUAACUUGCUACCUAAAGUAUACUGUCGGCAAAAGUAGCUGUCAAAAUGUAAUGUGUUAUGUUUAUUAAGCACAAAUUCUUAUAUGAGAUGGUCUCAUCGUGAGACAUGCCUUAUACUUGGAUCAAAUAGCCCUAUAAUACAAAAGUAACACAUCUACAGAAUGCUUAGUCUUUAGCUUAUAGACUGAUCUGCUGUUAGUUGGAUGCUACCUUGCUCCCUGCUGGGCUGCUGAACUGAAGGCAAAGCUACAACUGAAUGUAUGUUGGGAUGCUCAGCAUACAUUGUAUACAGAAGAUGGAUAAAUGUGUAUACAUCUUAGUGAUAAUAGGUAUAUACUUCCUCUGGUUUUUAUCAGUUGCUACAGAUAGUUGACAUCUCUUCACAAGAUAUCACUAUCGGUUGCAACUAAUAAAAACCAGAGGCAACGCACACACAUCAAUUAACCUUGAUCAAAUAUUUCAUACACAAACACAGGGGCAAGAUCAGGUGAAAACAACUAAAGCGGUAAAAACUGAAAAUCAAACUAACAUACAUAUUAUGGCAACAGGUGUACAUACUAUCUUAUAGUAUAUGCAUAUUUUUAUGAAGAAGAAAGUUCAUAUUAUUUACAGAAUUGCCAUCCGAAUGUGUGCACUUUUUAAACA